AUGGUAGAACAGCAGUCGCAGUCGUACGAAGCGGCGGUCAUCGAGUACAAUCGGCGGUACCACAGGAUACCGCCGCCGGGAUUCCAGAAGUGGUUCGAGCACGCAAAGGCGAACGCUUGUCCGAUCAUUGACAAUUUUGAUGUCAUGGAGAGAGAUCUGGCUCCGUUCCACCAGCUCAGUGGCAGAGAAGUCAUGGGCAGCGUGGAAGAUGCCCAGUUUUGGGUCGACGCAGGCCACCGCAACUGGUGGUAUAACCUGACCGAGCCAUGCCACGGGUCCAACAUGAAGCCGCGAACAGCGAGAGGAGCCGAUGUGUUUACGCAUGGCAUUCCCCUGAUCCAAGACCACAGCACUGCCAUAGACGUCUGCCAGCAUCCCGAGUACGAGAGCUUGUACGGUCUUUGGAGUGCUCCAACGACCUUGAGAUUCACGAGAAAUGCGGUCCCGAUCAUGUCUCCGGCUGCGGCGUCGACCAUGGGAGAUAUCAUGUUUCCAGCCGUGGCCUAUAAUCAGGGAAUGUACUCGUGGAACGAGGAUGAAGCCGUGCCGUGGAACGAGAAAGAGCAUGGUCUGUACUGGGCAGGUGGAACAACCGGAAACUUCGUCACAAACACGAGCGAUUCCUGGGCCAGGUCUCAUCGCCAGCGAUUCGUGCUCCUCGCAAACAACCACGAUCCCAACAAGCAACACAGAUACCUCAAGCAAAACGCCCAGAAAGGUCAUUGGGAGUCCUGGAUCGACCAAUCCUUCAAUACGGACUCGUACCACGCAUACUUCACCAACAUUGUCCAGUGCGAGCCAACAGGAUGCGAUGCAGAAAAGGAGCUGUUGGCGCCGUAUAUCACCAGCGGGCGACCCCGUGGGGAAAAUGGAAAGUACACGCUCGUCUUCGACACCGAUGGAAAUGGACAUUCCGGCCGUUACUAUCGUCUUCUGAUGUCUCAUUCUCUCCCUCUGAAGCAGACCAUGCUCCGAGAGUGGCAUGAUGAUCGUUUGAUACCCUGGGUCCAUUUCGUCCCCGUCAGUCUCGAACUCGAGGAUCUCCCGGAAAUCGUACGAUACCUAGUCGAGGAGGAAGAAGGAAGGAUAUUGGCGCACCAACUAGCGCAGAACGGAAGAGAAUGGGCGUUCAAGAGCUUGCGACCGGUGGAUCAGGCGUCGUAUGUGUAUCGGUUAGCGCUAGAGUUGAGUCGAUUACAGGAUCCAGGUCGAAAGGCGUCAGUGGAGUGA